GAAAAGAGAAGAUCUUUUGUAAGAAAAUCUCGAAAUGUCUUUAGGUUACGCAGAGAAACUAUCUUUCAUCGAAGAUGUUGGUCAAGUGGGCAUGGCUGAAUUCUUCGACCCAUCUCAUGUUCUGCAAUGCAAGAUUGAACAACUUGCUAAGAUGAUUCAAAAGAGUAAGCAUCUAGUGGUCUUUACAGGUGCAGGCAUCUCGACUUCUUGUGGUAUACCUGAUUUCCGAGGCCCCAAAGGCAUUUGGACAUUACAGCGUGAGGGUAAAGAUUUACCCAAAGCAUCUCUGCCAUUUCAUCGUGCAAUGCCGAGCAUGACCCAUAUGGCUUUGGUUGAACUAGAAAGAGCUGGCAUUUUAAAGUUUGUCAUCAGUCAGAAUGUGGAUGGCUUGCAUCUACGAUCUGGAAUACCAAGAGAGAAGCUCUCUGAACUGCAUGGAGACUCUUUUAUGGAGAUGUGCCCAUCAUGUGGAGCUGAGUACCUACGUGAUUUCGAGGUGGAAACUAUUGGAUUAAAAGAGACCUCAAGAAAGUGCUCUAAUGCGAAGUGUGGUGCUAAACUCAAAGAUACGGUCUUAGAUUGGGAGGAUGCUUUGCCUCCAAAAGAGAUUAAUCCUGCAGAAAAACAUUGCAAAAUGGCUGAUCUUGUACUCUGUUUGGGUACCAGUUUGCAGAUAACCCCAGCUUGCAACUUGCCUCUCAAGUGUCUCAGGGGUGGAGGCAAGAUCGUGAUUGUUAAUCUUCAGAAAACCCCAAAGGACAAGAAAGCUGACGUAGUGAUUCACGGUCUUGUUGAUAAGGUGGUUGCAGGUGUCAUGGAAGCUCUCAACAUGCAAAUUCCUCCAUAUGUCAGAAUAGAUUUCUUCCAGAUAAUACUAAACCAAUCCCUAAGCAAAGACGAAAGGUUCAUUAACUGGACCCUUCGUGUUGCAAGUGUUCAUGGAUUAACUUCUCAGCUACCCUUCAUCGAAUCAGUUGAGAUUUCAUUCUCAGAUGACAAUAAGUUCAAAGAUGCAGUUCUCGAUGAGCAGCCUUUCAUCAUUAAAAGGAGAACAACCGAAACCGAAACAUUUGAUAUAUUCUUGAAAAUUAACUACAGUGAGGGUUGUGACUGUCUCUCCACCAAAAUUAGCAUUCCCUUCAAAUUUGAGGUUUCAAGAGAAGAGCAUGAGGAGACUAUUGACAAGGAAGCUGUGCUGCAAAGCCUGAGAGAGAAAGCAGUUGAAGAAUCCAGUUGCGGGCAAAGCGGUGUGGUUGAGAGAAGAUUUGUUUCUGAACCGAGAAGUGAAACCAUUGUGUAUGCAACUGUGACCAAUCUCAGGACAUUCCAUUGUCAACAAUCUGUGCUUGCUAAUGGAGACCUCAAAUGGAAGAUGGAAACGUCUCGUAAACGUUCUAGAACCGGGAAAAGAAAACCAAGGGCAUAGGAAGAAGAAAAAAGAAGAAAGAAGAAAGGUCUCUUCUUUGUAUAUAAACGAACCUCUAAGUCUAACCGGCAAAAAUUGGGAAUAUGGAAAGUUAUCGGCGUUUUAAGAGCUGAGUGAAUUUUGUGUGCUUUUUACUCACACUCGGUUCUCUUAAACCGGAAUUAUCCAGGGUUUAAGGCUAAACUGUGUUAGUAGCAGCUAUUGUAACUUUGACAUGUACUUGGUUUGCAUUCGAUUUGAUCGGAUGUAUUACAAAAAAGUUACAAUAUAAUCUAGAAAUCGUC